ACAGACAUCAGCAGACCAGUUGACUUCUUCCUGCCGAACAUUCACCAUCAGCAGACACCUACCCACAAUGGCCUACAUCUCAGAACUUAAUGUGUCCCUCAAUGUAUCUGAGGAGCAAUUUCUCCAAUCACAAGGCUUCAAGAAAAUCAGUGUUGAUCUAAACAAAGGAGCAGGAGGAAAUGACAUCUUUCUUUGGUACAAAAAAGGAUCAGUACCAAUCACCAGGGUUCAAUUUACAUUCAACGAUAACAUGAGUGUUGGAUUGAGCAAUGCAGGGUACACAAAGGUCCAUAAAGAUCUCAAUGCAAACGCAGGAGGUGAUUACAUCUACCUUUGGUACUUCAGAGGGUCCGGGGAGUUCCACACUCCCAUAGUGGACAUUGAUGUCACUAUAGAUCCAGGAAGUGAAGCCCUGAAGUUCAGCACAGGCUGGGAGAAAUCAGCCUGUGAUCUGAACCGCAAAGCUGGAGGGAACUGGAUCCACACCUGGGUGAAGAGAGAGAAACAAACCUACAUCUGUGAUGUCUCUGCUACUGCUUCCUACGGAUCAGACACCGACUUCUAUAAGGCAGGUUACAUCCGUGUGGAUGAAGAUACUAACAGAGAGGCAGGAGGUCCCGAUGUCUUCAUCUGGUAUCGUCAGACCACCGACCCCAGACGUGCGCUCACGGAUCUGAAUAGCUCCACCAAUGAUGAAGAAUAUCAGUCCCUUCAGCAUCAAGGUUACACUCCAGUAAAUGUUAACCUCAACGAGGGGACCGGAGGCCACCCGGUGUACAUGUGGUACAAGAAAGAUGACGGCGCCAGUCCCAUUAAGGCCAUGUCCCUGGUUCUUAUCCAUAAUACUGUACUAGCUUAUGAGAGGGCUGGUGUCUCCGUUAUCCAAAGAAAUCUUAACAUAGGUACUAAAGGCAGCCCUGAGUUCCUGUGUUUCUAUCGGUGAAAGGCUGAGAAAGCCUUCUUGAUGGAAGCAGAGCUGAGAAUUCCCAACACUCACUGAAGUAGAAAGCAGAGUCCAACAUUAUUCUUAAAUCAUUUUGCUGAUAGUCUCUUUAAUUUUAUUUUCUCUUUUUCUUCAAUACAGAAAACCAUGUGAUUAAUUGUAUUCUGGUAAUAUGGAUUAUAAAAAUAUAUAUCAAAUGGUAUAUAGGUUCUACUGAUAAACUUGAUGUCAAAUCAAUCAAAUGAUUUCACAUGGCUGUUUUUAACCAACGAUGUUAAGGAUUAAAUAUUAAAACUCUGUAUCACUUUAAUCUGAACAUUUCCCGAUUUUCAAUAAAGACAACUCUGCAUGUAA